CCACUGAUAAUUACAUCAAAAAACUAACCACCUACGGAGGGUCUACUGUGUUGUUGCAUAGAAGUCGCCUGCAAAUAACUCACAACCUGCUGAAAUCUCACCUACGCCAACUCUGCUGCGCAGAAUCUGGCAACAGUUCGGGGCUUGUGUACAGAGAACAGGAGGCCUAAAGCAUAUUGUCCUCAUAUAAUGUCCUUAUAACACUAAAUCCUUCAAUGAACUUGGUUAAAACCCUCAAAUUAUUUACAAUCAGAUCAAAGAUCUCGCAUUACCUAAUUAAAGAGAAUGUGAUUGCGAAGACUAAAGUGUCCCGAUUUUCAAGCAAAUCCGGAUCAAUUUCAAAUUCUGUCAAGACUACUGCGCGAUCAAAACCAUCACCUCUUGUUGGUAAACAUGCACCACUAACUCUUACAAAGUCAGCUGUGGCUCGAGCUCAAGAGCUUCUGCGAAGAAAUCCAAAGGCCACAGGUUUACGCAUUGGAGUUAGAACCCGUGGAUGCAAUGGUUUGUCAUACACCUUAGACUUUUGUUUUGAAGGACGCCAACCUGGAGAUGAAGUUGUAGAACAAGAUGAUAUUCGCAUUUUCAUUGAUCGCCGAGCCCAGUUGACAUUACUAGGUACUGAAAUGGACUAUCAACAAGACGUACUAUCAAGUCAGUUUGUUUUCAACAACCCUAACGUCAAAGGUACGUGUGGAUGCGGAGAAAGCUUUAGUGUAUAGAUUCAAAUGCUAUUUGUUACCUAGCAUCCGUGUGUACUUUCAGAUAUGUAUUACAUUUAAAACUUUAUUUCUGAGUAUCCGUUUUCAUUUGACGAAUGUUUUUGUAUUCUACAGUAUGGAAUUCAUGAUACGGCUCAUAAGAAUAUCUUGACUGCCAUUUUGUAGAUAAUUACAUAUUUAUCAGAGGUUCAAUAAUUUUAUGAGUAUUUCAGUACUUUUUUGUGGAGUAGUAAUUUAUUGUUUAUAGCACUAAGUUGAUAAUCCUAACUUCGCACCAACUACCUGGGUUUACACAAGCAAGUAGCAUGACUAUCACACCAAGAGUUCGAUGCAGGGCCAGUUUCUGAGUC